AUGGGCCAAGAGGCCAGAGAUCCUAGAAUGGAUGAGGUUAUUCAUACCCUGCAAGAGAUAGAAAACUUGAUGAGUAAGCAGGCUCAGGAAAGGGCCACCAAUAUUGCUCAGGCUGCUGAGGCCGCAGCAACUGCUGCUAUCAAUGGAAAUCAAGCCAAUCUUGGGCAGGCUCAGGUAGCUGGAAAUAGACAGAUGCACCAGUUGGUAGAACAGUUCCUGAAGUUGAAACCGCCUAAGUUUAAUGGAAGGGGUGACCCCGAGGCUGCACCGCGUUGGGUAGAAGAGUUAGAGAAAGCCUUCGAGGUAUUAGGGUGCACCGAGACUGAGAAAGUGACCUUGGCAGUAUAUCAGUUGCAAGACAACGUGAAUGAUUGGUGGAAGGCCACCAGAGAUAGAGUGUUUCCGAAAGGUACCGUCCAGACUUGGGCCGCGUUUACCGAAAGUUUUUAUGGAAAGUAUUUCUCGGAGAGUGCACAAGAAAGGAAACUAGCGGAAUUUAUGCGACUUCGCCAAGGACAGAUGACCGUGGACCAGUAUGAAGCGGAGUUCGCUAGACUGUCCAAGUUUGCACCUAGAAUGGUUGAAAAUCUGCAGGAUAAAGUUCGGAGAUUCCGAGAUGGACUAAAGCCGGAUCUUCGAAGCCAGAUGAUUUCGUUGAACAUCCAAGACUACGGGGAAAUGUAUGAACGGGUUCAAGCCAUAGAGCGAGAUCAGUUAGAAAGAGCAGCCGCUUCUGGGUCGCGAUUCACUCAGACUAGGGACAACCGCCAUUUCGGGAAGAAGCCGAUGGCGGGAAACAGGCGAUUCAUCCCAUCGGCUAGAAAGAACAUUGGGAAGCCGAGCCACCAACCGAACCGAUUUGGAGCUUGUUUUAAAUGUGGGAGUUUGGAGCACCAGAUCGGGAAUUGUCCCCAGCAGCGCCCUUCAGGACUUCAGAUGCGACCGUAA